UCAUGACCUGAGCCGAAGGCAGACGCUUAACAACUGAGCCACCCAGGCGCCCCCAGUUUUAACUUUUCUAACACAGUCUAGUUUUGUGACAGUUUGCUAGCGCAGAGUAAAUAUGGAUAUGCAAAUUAUUGAAAUUGCUUGGAAACUCUUUAGAACUUUUAAAUAAUCAUCCUUUUUUUUGUAACCUUGUCAACAUUUACUGAUGCACAGAAGAUGAUUUUGUGUUAAUUCACUUUUUAGAACCAAAAUUUUAGUUUGUGUACGUAUUAAUUUUUAUAAUUGCCUAGCCUAAUGUGGGGAAAUAUAAGCUGCUUAUCACUGCGAACUAAUGUGCUUACUAAUUACUUUAAUGAUUAGUAUUUUAAAUUGCAUGUUUAGGUUUUAAUCUGAAAAGUUAUAUUUAGUUUUGUUUCCGAACACAGUCGCUUUUUGUUUCUUAUUGCUUUGCCGCAGUUUUAGAAUAUAGUUGCUUUCUUCUUUCGAUUCAGUAGUUUAAGAAGGUACCUGUGUGGCAUUAGUGACUGGCCCACCAGACAGGUGUAUUAAGCCUCGGUUACUCAAUAUUCUGAAGAAAAUGUAUGUUAUUUGCCACCUACUAAAUUAUACAUCAUGUAUGAAAUGAAAGUAAUUGACAUAAUAAGAGUAUUUUGAAAUCAGAAAACAUCUUUUCUCCAAGUAGUUAUAAGAGGUCUAUUUGGGACUAUGUUUCGGUGCCUGUCCUUUCAUUCCCGCCCCCCAAACCCAUCAGUGUUUGCGUUGUCUAAAGAGCUGAGAGAUAGUUAACCUGUGGUCUUUUUAAAACUUUAUCCAAAUGGAAGAGUAUUGGCUUUUUACAAAUUACAUCCCAAGAUUUGCCGUAGAUGUUGAUUUAAUCAUUGAAGAUUUGCCAUAGAUGUUGAUUUAAUCAUUGAAGAUUUGCCAUAGAUGUUGAUUUAAUCAUUGAAACUUCUUACUUCACGCAUUCAUUUGCUGUCCUACAAGCCAUUCUGUUGUGUUCAUAUGUAAAAUACAUAUAAAAUGAGAAUAGUUUUCCUGAUCUAUGGAGGACAAGUAAGAGAACUCCCAAAUGUCCAAGGCCGCCCAGUUGCAGUGAUGGUCUCUCAGCCUCCGCGGAUGCACCACUCCGCCGGGCAGCUUCCGAACCUCCCACUUACCACCGACAGAAGCUGUUCCAAGGAAAACCAAGGUCUUCUUUACUAUUCAUUUUCUGGUUCAGCUCUGUUCUUUUCUUCUUCUGGCAGUAAUGGUAACAGCAGUAGCUGGAGCAGUCUUGGUUUAGAAGGAGAGUUGUAUGAGGACAAUUUAUCCUUUCCAACAUCAGACAGUGAUGGGCCAGAUGAUAAAGAUGAAGAUCAUGAGGAUGAUGGAGAAGGUUUGGGGCAAGACAGAAAGAUUCUGCUCAUUACAAAUAUCGACAUGGAGCCAUGCACAGUAGACCCCCAGCUAAGGAUUAUUCUUCAGUGGCUCGUUGCUUCUGAGGCCGAAGUGGCAGAACUUUAUCUUCAUGACUCUGCAAAGAAGGAAUUCAUACAAGUAAGUACCUGCCUUACAGGGUGGUCGUAAGGACAUAUUUAACCAUAUACGAUGUUCUGUGUCACAUAGUUGAUCUAGUAAGAUGCCCCUUGAUAGCAGAGUGGGUAAGUGCUUACCUGGUAGUCUCAUAGUGGGUCCACAUGUCAGCUCUGCCACUCUAGUCUAACUGUGGGUAGGCUCACUGGUCAGUUUCCUUAUCUGCACUAUGAAAAUGAGUAGACAGGUUACCUUACAGAGGUUUGUGAGGAUUAAACAUAAUACCAUAAAAAAUACGCUUGAUCUAGUGCCUGACACAUCCUAAGUACUCAAAGUUAGAUGCCGUUAAUAAACAUGUGUUCAUAUGAAAAGAUUGAGUUAUUCUUUGUUUUAAACUGAUUCAUAAUUAUGCCUGGUAAUUAGUAUAUCUCCUACUACUCUGUUAAUCCGGUCUUAUUAGUGGGAGAAACUAGCAUACUCAAAAGCCAGUGAAGGUUUAAAUAUCUUAUAAGGGACCAUGGACCACUUUGAGUAUUUUGUAGGGUUCUAAUAAUAGAACAUUCAGAUUCGAUGCACUAAUAGGAUGUUUUUAUUGAGAACUGUGUGCCAAGCACCUUGUUAGUCAAGAUUUUUAUUUUAUAGUCUUAAGGUUUUUGCCCCAGAAUCUUCAUUAUCAGAAUUUUGAUUUAAUCUUAUUAUAGGGUAUAAAAUAGUUCAAUGAAUAACCAGUGUAAAUUGAUCUAUAACAAAAGAACAGUCCAGUUGCUCUUGAUUCCUGGUUCAGAAUUUACAAAGAUAUGGUUGAAAGAAGUAUGUGAAAAAGAUAUUCAGUAAAAAUAACUUUUUUUCGUAUUUUGUUGUUUUUUCUUGGACUUUUUGGAUUUUUCUAGUUUAUGUUUCGGUUUCUGGGCAGAAGGAGAAAAUAAGACAAGGUGAUCCUCAAGAAAUGAGUUGUCCAGGAGAAGGAGUGGGUAGGAAAGGUGUUAGAACUCACUGGAGGGAGGCAGACAUUUUCAAGUCAUUUAGUCUUGAAUAAACUGUGAGGGCUAAGGAAAAGCUUAGGCAGAGCUGGCAUGAGCAUAAUGGUGCUUGGUGCUCAUCCCCAAGUAACGUAGGAAAACAUUCUGGAAAUUCCUCAAAAAGUUAAACCUAGCAUUAUCAUAUAACCUAGCAAUUCCACUCCUAGGUAUAUACCUAAGAGGAAUGAAAAUAUAUGUCCAUGGCAACAUUAUUCAUAAUAGGCCAGAAGUGGAAACAUCCUAGAAUGGAUGAAUAAAAUGUGGUUUAUCUUUGCAGUGGAGUACUCUCUGUCAAUAAAAAGGAAGGAAGUAUAUACAUGCUACACCAUGGAGGAAACUUGAAGUCACGUUGGGUGAAAGAAACGUCACCAGAGACCAUAUGUUUUAUGAUUACAUUUAUAUGAAAUGACCAAAAUGGGCAAAUCUCAAGACUGAAGUAGAUUAGUGAUUGCCUAGAGUUGAGGGGCUUGGGAGAAAUGGGGAGUGUUUACUAAUGCGUAGAGCUUUUCUUUUGGUGUGGUAGACAUGUUCUAACACUGAUUGUGGUGAUGGUUGCAUUCAACUCGGUGACUAUACUAAAAACCAUUGAC